AUGUCAAACCAUUCUCUUCAAAGAUAUUCUACAUACUCGUCUACUUUUGGCGGUGAGGAUAAUAAUCAUCCCAAUAGAAUAUCAGGUUUACGGCGUGUAGAGGACAGACAAAUGAGAAUGAAUUUCAUAUGGAUAAAUAACAGAAACGUAACUUACAGCGCUUGGAAAGGAAGUCAACCGUCAGCUGGGGAUUGUUCACUUACCUCAUUCAUGUACUUUAACACCGAAGAGCUUUGGGAGACUGAAAAUUGUUAUAAUAACCAUGUCAAAUUUUUCAUCUGUGAAAAACCGUUUUCAUUGGAAAACAAGAUAUAUGACAGUGAUUUCACGGAGAAAGAUGUGUGUAAUAAUUAUGUAGAGAAAGACCUGAUGACAUCACCAUACUCUGGUAGAAAUUGUCAGAAUUGGUUUAAUCUAUCUGACAAUGCUAAACGUGAUUUUGAUACCAACUUUUCCGCCUUAUGGAGCACUUUUGAAAAUUCAACUGUGUGUAAGGAUCCCUCUGCACACGAUAUUCCAUGGUGCUAUGUCGGUUACUCUGAGAAAUUAAUGCGGGAGCCAUGCUUUUUGCAACGCAAGUUAUAUUCAUAUACUUAAUGUAUUUUAGCUCACCUGAGCAGAAAGUGCUCAAGGUGAGCUUUUGUGAUCACAAUUUGUCCGUAAGUACGUCUGUGCAUCAGUGCGUCCGAGCGUCUGUACGUCCGUCGUCAAGUUUUUAAACAAACAACUUCUUCUCAGAAACCACUAGGCCAAAUGCGAUGCGAUGCAAUUUUCCUUGGAUGUUCCUAGCAUAAAGCUCUACUAAAAUGGUUCUGGAUAAUAACACAUCAGGAUCAGCAGGGCUAAAAAUAGAUUUUUGAAAUGAAAAAAAUAUAUAAAAUUUAUAAAAAUUCUCCUUUGAAAGUGUCAGGCCUUGAACUUAAAUAUUGUGUACGUCACAUCAUCUACGGCAACUCUACAAAAAUUGUUCAAAUUACAGCCCUGGUGUCAAAAUUGGCCCCGCCCCGGGGGUCUUUGAUUAUUAUUAUAUACAUAAAGUAAAAAAUCUUCCUGUAAAAACGUAAGAGCUAGAGCUUAGAUAUUUGGCAUGAAACAUUUUCAAGAAGGUGUCUACCAGGUUUGGUCAAAUAAAAGCCCUAGCGUCGAAAUUGGCACUACCCAUCAUCGAUUUUCCAUAACUGUAUAUAGUAAAACUAAAAGAAUCUUUUGUGAAAAUCCCAAAUCAAUAGAACUUAGAUAUUUGGCAUGAAAUAUUUUCUAGUGGAUGUCUACCAAGUUCGUUCAAACAAAAGCCCAAGGGUAAACAUUUACCCUGCCCCAGGAGUGUUUGAUUACCGUUAUGCAACUUAAUAAGAAUGAAUAAAGUUUUGAAUUAAUAACCAGAAAAUAAUUGAGAUUUUUUAAUUAUUAUUUUUUAUGAUUAAUUAAGAUAUGAAGAACAUAUUUAUGUUAUUAAAAAUAAAUUUAUAAAUCUUCCUUAACCCAAUCAUGUUUCAAAUAAAUUCAGUAUAUAUAGCAAGAGUUGACUAAUAGGAGAUAGGUUAGUAGCCAUCCGGUUAGCUCAAUAGGUAGAGCGUUGGACUGUGAAUCGGACGACCCGUGUUCGAUUCCCGGAAGGCCGAGGUCACUUUCGUUGUGAUUGAUCAUGAAAUCCUGUCUACGAUCAUUUGCACUGUACUGUUGCUAUGGUAUGUACAGAAGUCUCAAAAGUGAUGGCAACUAGUACUAGUAAACUGGUUGACACCCUGCCUAGGAACGAUGCGGUGGUUGAACUGUGCUCUGAUGAAUUUAAUGUGGCUUACUGCCGUGAUGUUGAGUGUCA